CGCUAAGGCAGCAGAACAGAGCCAGCAGAACAGCGCUGCACACAGCGUCCACCUAUGCUCGCCAGAAUGCUCAACACCACGCUGUGUGCUUGCUUCCUGAGCCUCCUAGCCUUCACCUCUGCCUGCUACUUCCAGAACUGCCCGAGAGGCGGCAAGAGGGCCAUGUCUGACACGGAGCUGAGACAGUGCCUCCCCUGCGGCCCCGGCGGCAAAGGACGCUGCUUCGGGCCUAACAUCUGCUGCGCCGACGAGCUGGGCUGCUUCGUGGGGACCGCCGAGGCGCUGCGCUGCCAGGAGGAGAACUACCUGCCCUCGCCCUGCCAGUCCGGCCAGAAGCCAUGCGGGAGCGGGGGUCGCUGCGCCACCGCGGGCGUCUGCUGCAGCGACGAGAGCUGCGUGACUGAACCUGAGUGCCGCGAGGGUUUUCUCCGCCUCACGCGCGCUCGCGAGUCGAGCAACGCUACCCAGCUGGACGGGCCCGCACGGGCGCUGCUGCUCCGUCUGGUGCAGAUGGCUGGGACGCGGGAGUCUGUGGAUUCUGCCAAGCCCCGGGUCUACUGAGCCAUCGUCCCCUCGCCUCCCCCCGUAACGUGGAAAAUAAACUUUUAAAAAUGCA